UUCGAAUUGAAGCUCAACAGUUUUUCGAUUCAGAUAAAAGACCAUGAUCUGGAUGCCUGGAUCAGCUCAGCGUAGCUCAAAUCAGCGAAAAAGGAAAAACUGAAAAAAUUCAUUACCCGGAGUUUGAAUCAAAACCUUCAUCACCUUAAAAAGAGAAUUUGUAUGCAAUUGGAAACCUACCAAUUUAUUCGACUUGUGAUUUUUAUCAUUUUCUAGUCUAUUUUCAUACCCAGAAAGCUAUUGUACAUUUCUUAAUUGUGUCCUUAGUUAAAAAUAAAUUUAUUUAUUCCACGAGAUAACCCUAUAGAAUUUUUUGUUAUUAGUUUAAAAGUAACUUAAGAUAUCGUUAGAUAGAUUAUUUACUGUGACUGGUUCACGGAUUUAUUGUACAUUACCGACCGAAUAGCGUAGUUCGAUUAUUUAUCAAGACCGAGAUAGCAUCGUAUCGUUCUCUUUAAAUGACGACUGAAAUUGCGACCAGAGCAAGCAAUCAAGUGCAAAUGAGCCAAGCCAAGUACCUGGGUCAAUUUCGGGUGAAGCAAUGCGUUGAUUUCGCGAGCGGGGGAGUGAACGGAUGUCGACUUCACAAGCCGUUUGGUUGCUUUUCUUUCCACUUUCGAGCUCAGAGGAGACGCCGCGUGAGCAUGGAAAGAGACAGAGAGAGGGGAGAAAACUACUACUCCUACUCUCCGCAUGUAUACUGCCUCAAAUACUCACUCGAGACUGGACAGUGCUCGGAUGGCGACAGCUGCAAGUAUCUGCACCACAAUGCGGGUGACACAGAACGGAAAUUUCACCCUCGAUUCUACAAGACCAGUAUUUGUCACUACCCUAUGGCAGCAACAGGAGGUCAGAAUCCGAAGGACAGUGGCAAGGAUCUUCACAAGUGCAGAUUGGAGAAAGAGAGAGGACACUGCCCCUAUGCACACGGACCACAAGAACUCAGGAGUGCAGUGGUAGACACUUUGGAGGAGCGGGAGGUUGCUUGUUGUCUUUCUUCCCCCGAUGCUAGCUUCCCCUCCGCACUGGACAAGGAGAGAAACGAGGCCAACGAAGAUCCACGCUGGAGAGAUCGAGACUACAUCUUACGCAACUACAAGAGUCAGCCUUGUAAGAGAAGCAGCUCUGGGGGAGGAGGAGGGGGAAGUAGUGUGAGUAGGGGUGCAUGCAGACAAGGAUUUGCCUGUCCCCUAUUUCAUAACACAAAAGACAGACGACGCUCUCCUUUCGUAUACAGCUACAGACACACCCCCUGUGCGACUGUGAAAGGGGGAGGGGGUGGUAAGAGUGGGGCAGGAGGUGGGGACGGAGGAGAGUGGAGUGAACCGAGUGUGUGUAAAGAGGGGGAUCAGUGUGGAUUUUGUCAUACAAGAGUUGAGCAGCAGUUUCAUCCAGAUAUCUACAAGACGACCAAGUGUCAUGACUUCCAGCAGACAGGAGGUAGAUGUCCCAGGGGAGUGUAUUGUGCGUUCUCCCACCAGGAGAAUACAGGGGUUAAUGUGAACAACGUAGGAAGUGGGGGAGUCACGUUGGCGUCAGCUUCUGGUUCGACCUUUGAUGCAAGUGCUGGAGGAGCUGCAGAUGUUUCGGGAAAAUUGGGUUCCAAGAGGAAUUCAGUCGGAGAUUGGUGGAACAGAGAGCAGAGGGAAAAGGACCAGAACAAUAAUGAAGAAGCAUCUGGGAGCGAAGUUGGCAGGUCAAUUGGAGUUCAAGCAGCUUCAGUAGGAACUGGAAUCGGCGGAGGUCAAGUGUCAGGGAGCACUGAAGGUUCAAGAUCGAGCAAGACAGCACAAUCUCUACAGAAGGGAUGUUACAGCCAAGUGCUGAGACGUCAUCCAGUGCAGCAAGCCAUGGAACAAAAUGUACCCCAAAAUAACCCGUCUGUAGAUUUUUCGGCAGUUGCAAAAGGGGGAGUGGCGACCAGAGUUGGACAGGCUGGAAUGGAAGAGCAUAAAGGAAGCAGUCUAGUUGGCUCUGGAUCCUUCGAACUGGAUGGAAGAGGAGGAGACUGUAGCGGCAUUGGAUUAAGAGCUGAACAAAUUUCUUUGCAACCAGAUGAUAAUUCGCUGCUGCCUGGGGUAGAGUGUCUUGGCAAUAACAGUCCCACCCGUGUGGUCAAGACCACCGCGGCAGUCCAACAGCCUCGCAAGCAGACUGGAGGCAAUCCCUGGUUCGGUCACGCUCUCUUCUCUUCCUCCCGAUCCACACCCUCGCCACCCUCUGUGCCAGGGGGAGGAGCAAGUGGCAGUGGGGGAGUCCCUAUUGCAUCACCGUCAUUGCGUCACAACACAGCGGUAGCAACUUCGCACGAGAGGGAGAGGGAGAGAUUGAGUAGUGGAGGCAGCUUCAGUUGGUUAGGGGAUCCCCCCUCGGGAGGACAACAAGAGACGGGCAUUGGUGGUCUGGGUGGGGGAGGGGCAGUUAAUCUGAUAGUGGGCAGUCCUCAUUUUUAUGACUCUCCUUUAUUCGGAGGAGGAGCUGUAGGCGGUACGGGAGCAGCAAUGCCGAGUGAGAAUAGAACUGGUGCAUCUUUUAGUGGAGAGGUAGACCUGUUCGGGGAUAAGUCCUCUUCGGUUGAGAUGUCGAUGAUGUUUGAAGACAGCAACUCAUACAGUCACAAUCCCAAUACACGUCUAUUCGAAGACGGCAGAACAGUCUAUGAUCAAAAGUCACUGUCGAACAUGAACUCCAACCGAAUGUUUAUGGAGAGACUGAAUAGUUAUAAUAAUAGCAAUAGUCUCUUCUCUGCGGGUUUCGCGCCUCCCCCUUCAACGCAAGAUGCAGCGGGCAGAAUGAAUAGUAGACUGAGUGACUCAGUGAAUUCGGCCAGCAGUACUAGUGCGAGUGGGGCCUCCUCGUGGAACAUGCAGUCGCCCUCCUCCUCCGCGAACCAGGCCCAGUCGCACCACCUUUCAGGAGGCGAUUUCAUGGGUCCAAUGGGUAUGGUGCAUACUAAAUUAGCGUCUCAGCCAGUGAACAUCCCCCGUCUGUCGCCUCUGGCUGCCCUAUCACCCACCCUCUCUCCCCGCAACUGCAGUGACCCCACAAUGUCUUCCCUGGCAGGAUUGGAAGACGAUGACCACCCUGAGGAUGCGAGAGUAUUCCACCACAACUUCCACUACCCUUUCUCGUCAUCGCACCCACUGGAUUCAAGCGAACCACCGCCUAUUAACUAUGGCAGUGGUGGGAGCGAGAGUGGCUUGAGUGGAGGAGUGCACAACAGUAGAAGGGACAGUCCCUACUACCAGGCAAAGGCAAACAACACAGUCCCAAGUGGGGGCGCAUCACAUGGAAUAGUUGGCGGAGUAGGGGGUACGAGGAGUGCAGUGGGCGGAUCCUCUCCCUCCCCAUUGUCCCAGCCGAGUCAGAGUCCAAGUCCACUAUCUGUGUCACACCCGUCUAGUUUUGACGGGGGUACUAACCACUCACACUCAGUGAGUCACGAGGAUCUAUCAAGAAGUGCUGGCGGUGAUCAAAUGAUGUUGAUAAACAACCCAAACACUCAACUGCAAGGCUCGGCUCACUAUUUUGACCCCAUGGGAGCAGUGGGGAAACUGGGAGCCCUACACGUGCAUACCUCUUCCACGUCCUCCCAUCGGCUCAGCUACCCGCCAUCGGCGGCCUCAGCAUCGCUGAUGACGUCACCAACAGGACAAGGGGCGGGUGGUUCUUUAGGGGGAUGGGGAUGGGGUGGGGGAGGAGUUGAGGGUGGUGAGUUUGGACACGAAAGUAGUGGGGGUCAGCUAUUGUGUCCGAUUGUGGAGAGCGAGAUGGAGAGUCUGUCUUUGGAUCAGUUGCAGGAGAUGCGCAUCAUUCUGGCAGACGACAUAAAGAAAAUAGAACAGGCUAUCAGUAGAAGACAACUGGUUGGAAAGAGAACACAGACACAGCAAGCGAACACAGAAGAGGAGAAGCAACAAGGACGCCAAUCCGAGAAUAACCCCCCUGGACUGGAAGCGGAAGAGGGGGGAGGAGGAGGAGGAGAUGCAAUUAGCCAGCAAUUACAACCUCAAGAGAUGGGCGUCUGCUCCUCAAAGGAUGAAGAGGCAAGCAGGAACGGAGGAGAUUAGACCUUUUUCGACUGUAACUGUGACCCGCUGAGGAGGAGAAAUACUGAGAAGUGAUCGUUGAAGAGAGAGAGAAAACUUAUAUAAUGAAACCAACUUUGUGUGCAAAAGUGUGGAACUAAAAGAAAGGGCCAUUGAAAAAUAAAAAACGAAGAGGGACCUGAAAUCAUUCAUAUGGAAAUGGCAGAAGCCGAGAGAAAACAGCUAAAUAGAGAAAAACAACUAUUAUUGCGCUAUUAUACCACAAUCAAAUUAUUAUCACUUUGACAGGCAGCUGACUGUGAUCAGAUACUAAAACAGCAACAGUACUUGAGUGUUUUUUGGCGUGUUUUCCAAAAAAAUGAACGAUUUUGUGGCCUGUUUAACUAUGGAUAAUAAAUUGAUCGCAUUUACCAUCAAAUACAGUUGUACUAAACGAUUGGCGCAAUUAUGUCAUCUGCUGAAUGUAACCUGUCGCUACGUUGCUGGGUUUAUCUAUACUUCUCAAUUCAAAAUUUCAAAAACAAGGGCAUUAAUUUGAAAAUCUGCUGGAAACUUGAACUUGACUUCAAAUCACUAAAUAUUUACAAUGAUAUAUAUGAACUUAAGCGAACUUAUGACUCAAACUCAAAUUCUGAUAAACGAAUAUGAUACAAAUAGAAAUCCGAACCGUU